AUGGAACUCACUGCAGUAGAUCACCGCAUACCUCUAAGUGAUGGAAACAGCAUUCCUAUCAUUGGGUUUGGUACCUACCAAGACUCUGUAUUGACUCCUAAGGGGAUCUGUAGGGCAGGAGUGAAGUUCGCCAUCGAUGUUGGGUACCGGCACAUUGAUGGGGCCUACUUCUACCGGAAUGAGCACGAAGUGGAGGAGGCCAUCAGAGAGAAGAUAGCAGAAGGAAGGGUGAAGAGAGAGGAUAUUUUCUACUGCGGAAAG